AUGAGGACACGCUCGGCCUUGAAGUCACCGAAGUUUGAUGAAUCUGGCGAUUCCUGGCUGGGGAAUAUCGAUUUAUCUGGCCUCGCUGAAAUUCGGCACUCAUCCCCCGUUAUUUCUCCCCCACGUCGUCCCAAUACUCGUAAAGCUAAGGGUCCAACCAUCCUCUCUUCUGAAAAUCUUUCUUUGUUAUCGUUUAAAGAACGGAUAUUACUUCAAUUACACAUGAACUCAGCUGUAGAUUCACCCGGUCGACACAACAUAAGAUUUCACAGUUCUCCAACUACUGAAAGUCAGCUAAAAAUAGCUAGUCAGUCGGAAAAUCUAAAAACAUCACAUUGCCUUUCAAUGGUCGGUUUGCCACGUCGUGUUAUGGAACUUAUAUACAAUCAUCGCGGCAUUAAAAAUCUCUACGGUCUAACACGAAUCACUUUAGAUUGGCAAAUUGAAUGUCUUUCAAUGACAGCCACCUCUGAAAAAGCAAAUCUUAUUUACAGUCUUCCAACCAGCGGUGGGAAGACUCUAGUGGCUGAAAUUCUGAUGCUCGCCGAGGUUCUGGUGGCGCAUAAAAAUGUUUUAUUUAUCCUACCUUUCGUCUCCAUCGUUCAGGAAAAGGUUCGAAAUUUAAAUGCUCUGGGACUAGAAUUGGACUUUCUUGUCGAGGAAUAUGCCAGUUCUAAGGGGCGCUUACCUCCUACUAAACGUCUUAACAAAUCGUCCGUCUAUAUCGCGACAAUUGAGAAGGCCCAGACCAUUGUUAAUAGCCUCAUCGACCUAAACAGAUUGGCUGAAAUUGGACUGGUCAUUGUUGACGAGCUCCACAUGAUUGGUGAGGGGGGUUCUCGAGGUGCAUCUUUGGAGCUCACUUUGACGAAAUUGAAGAUUGUUUCUCCGAAAACACGAAUAAUUGGAAUGAGCGCAACUUUAUCCAACCUUUCCGAACUAACGUCGUUCUUGAAUGCGAAACUGUAUACAAACGACUUCCGACCUGUUGAUUUGGUUGAAUACGUUAAAGUGGAGGAUCAUGUGUUUAAAGUCGUUCCGCCUAGAACACCCGAAGCCAAAACUUUUUGUCUUUCUGAGCGCCUCAAGCAUGAACGAGUCGUUAAUUUCAAGUACUCAGAGGCCGUAAAAAAACGAGAUCCCGAUCACCUGGUGGGUCUUGUCGCUGAAGUCCUCAUCCCCCCGACCGAACAUCAAAUGAAGACGGACCGCCCCCCAUCUUGUCUGGUGUUUUGUCCCACAAAAGUGCAUUGUGAGAACACUGCUCGUCUUCUGGCUGAGCUCCUUCCGCCACAAAUUGACUGCGCCACCUCUGAGCAGACUUGCACCCGAAGACAACACCUGUUAGCCAACCUCCGUCUAGAUGCCCAACGAGACCCCAACGCAGAGGUGGUGGAAAGUUAUUGUCCUAUUUUGGAGGCGACAAUACCUCGCGGAAUCGCCUACCAUCACUCCGGAUUGACUCAGGAGGAGAGGAGGGCGAUUGAGGAGGCUUUUCUGGAGGGAGACACAAUUAGAGUAAUUUGUUGCACUUCGACACUUGCUGCAGGUGUCAAUCUUCCCGCCAGAAGGGUCAUAAUCCGUAAGCCGUAUGUGGGUUCCACCUUCCUUAGUUGGAGUCAGUACAAACAAAUGGUCGGUCGGGCGGGUCGUGCCGGUCUGGACAGCUAUGGCGAGAGCAUCAUCAUACUUCAGCCUAACGAACGAGAAGCCUUUGCGCUGCUCGUCAACGCUGCUUCGGCCACCUCACCCGGGGACGCUGGUGAACCAGUCGAGGUUGGUGGAGCCACCUGCUGCAGUAGUCUUCUUUACGACGAUGGCAAGGGUCUUAGGCAGUUUAUACUGUCUCUCUUAGGCCUAGGCUUGGCGAAAAGCCUCGAGGACCUGAUAUGCUGCGCCGGGCGGACAUUUUUUGCUGUCCAGCAGGCCAAUCGACUCAACAGUCAGGAAGCAGGCAUGCAGCGGGUUGCCAGCGAGGUGCGAACGCAACUGCAGCGCCUCAUCAACGAUCGCUUGGUGAGCCUUUCCCUUCACUCAGACCACGAAGCCUUGCCCCUGACCAAGUCACCGAGGAUCCCAAACCCACGUGCAGGCCUCAAGCCUCUCGACGAGUCCACACCGCCGGAGAAAGUCGAGUUAAAGACCGGUCAGUUGGGUCGAGCAGCCAUCCAAGGGGGACUUGAUUCGGACCACAUUGCAGACAUAAUCGAGGAUCUACGUCGCGCCGCGCGUUCUCUCAACACCGCUGGGCCUCUCCAUCUCCUCUACCUCGUCGUUCCCCGCAACAACGAUCUUCAAAGACAGCAGAUAGCUCCCUCUGUGGAUUGGGGUAUCCUCUUUGAGCGGAUCAGCUGGCUUUCCCCGGAAGAGGCCAAUAUUGUUAAUUUGAUUGGUUUCUCUUACUCAUACCUUGCUAGGAAGGCAGCUGGGCAAGCAAUUAAAAAGGCAAGUUAUGCCCAGGUACUUCCUCCACUUGGUGCACCUCAUACGAAACAGAGGAAGAAAGACGAGAGCCCGCUGUACCGGCUGUAUCUGGCACUGGCCUUGUCUGAGUUGUGGCCGCCCCGAUGUGAGCCGGUGUGGCGAGUGGCCCGCCGCUAUCAGGUCUCCCGAGGAUCUCUACAGGCUCUCGUGCAAUCGGCUGCCAGCUUGGCUGUGGGUCUGGCGCAUGCCGUAGCUGCAGAAUACCGAAGCGACCCCGAGUUGUGGGCCUUCGCGCACUUACUCCCGGAUUUCUCAUCUCGACUUGCCUACUGCGUAUCAUCGGAGCUGAUUCCGCUAAUGGAGCUGCCUGGCGUCAAAAGAGCACGGGCUCGUCAACUAUUUGCUGCCGGUUUUAAAACUGUCGCCGAUAUCGCUGCCGCGGAACCUCGAGCGUUAGUCACGGCCUUGGCGCCAUUUUUAUCGAACCGCGCAGCCACGGAGAUUGUCCAGGCCGCUCGCAUGACUCUUGUUGAUAAAGUGGAGUCUCUUAACAAGGAGGCUGCCGAUAUUGCCAAACUCUUCGCUCCUCCCUCUGAUUCAGAGCACAAGAGAAACCAACCUGAAUUGGAUAACGAAGCGGAUGAUGGUGACGAGGAGGAGGACCUUUUCGCCUAG